UGGUUUAGUGACGACAUUGAUUUUGAUUUUGCUCCCAAAUCGCGACUCCUCUCUCCUUGGGCAACAACGAAAUCAUCACCUUCUCUUUUACAGUCACCGGCGAUCAAUCAAGAGUCGAUCUCCGGUAAUCAGAAAUUUUCCAUUCCCCGACAUGGCGAUGACCAUCGAAGGUAAUCCAAUCACCUCUCUUCCAAUUGAAUAAUUUCCCGACGGAAUCGAAUCAGAUUCAAGUCGAUUUCCCCCUUUUACUUUUCUCCGUUUCUCUAUGUUCAUAGUACUAUCCCCUAAGUUUUUGAUUUGAAUCUUGAACUACUCAGAUUGCGUGUUUUUUGUGCUUCAUGGAUUGUUAGUUUUUGUGAGCUAGGGUUUCUGGGUUUUGAAUUGUUCAAACUCACUCAUUUUUUUUUCUAAUUUUCCGGUGUGGAUUUCUCCUGGAAUGCUCAAAUUUCUAUCUUGGUACAGUACUUGCUGGACUUGCUUUCAUGUUUUCAUCUAGUAUCCUCCUACAGAUCCUGGCAUGUGCGAUAUAUGGUAAUUGGUGGCCAAUGCUAUCAGCACUCAUGUAUGUAGUGGUGCCUAUGCCUUGUAUGUUCUUUGGAGGAGGCUCAACUCAAUUCCUUACUAGUCGGGACGGUGGAGGGUGGAUAGAUGCAGCUAAGUUCUUGACCGGAGCGUCGACCGUGGGAAGCCUCGCUAUCCCAAUCAUCCUAAGGCAUGCACAGAUGAUCGAGACAGGUGCAAUGCUCAUAGAAUUCACAUCGUUCUUCAUUUUCAUCUGCACUGUCAUGUGUUUCCACCGGGCUAGUCUCGAUGAUGACUGGUAACAUAGAUGUUGUUGCGCUCGUGAUUUACUAAUUGGAUCCGUAUGAGAAAGAGAGAGUGUGAAGAAGAUGAGGUUAUUAUGAACCCGAGAAAAAAAGUGGUUAAGAAAGUUGUGUUCUUCUCCCUCUUUUUGUAAAGCUUUGUAUCACUCAGUGUCUGUAAAAAGUUUUA